AUAAAUGAAGACCGCUUACAAGCGGUGUUCAUGCUCUCUCUCUCUUACUCUGCCUCAGUCCAAGUGUAAGAGAAAGGUCGUGUAAAGGAUAAGCUGAAAAAUCAUGGCCUCUCUCUGUUCCUUCACCGCUUCUUCUUUCUCUUCUCAGUGCCACAAUCUUUCCCUUUCUCACCCUCUCAAGCUAUCGUUGCCUCUCACCAACUCCUUCACACUUCCAAGGAACAUGAAGAAGAAGAAGAAGAAGAAGAACGGUGCGAGAGCGAGGCCUCUGUUUUGCGCACUCAAAAACGCCGCGUUGCAGUACAGGAACCUCGGCGACUCCGACCUCAACAUCAGCGAAAUCACUUUUGGUACUAUGACCUUUGGGGAGCAAAACACGGAGAAAGAAGCUCACGACAUUCUUCAUUACGCUUUUGACCGUGGCAUCAACGCUCUCGAUACUUCUGAGGCCUACCCAAUUCCAAUGAAGAAAGAGACACAAGGAAGAACCGAUCUCUAUAUUGGUAGCUGGCUUAAGUCUCAACCUCGUGACAAGAUUAUUUUGGCUACCAAAGUAUGUGGUUAUUCUGAGAGGUCGAGUUAUUUGCGUGAGAAUACAAAUGUUUUGCGGGUUGAUGCUGUAAAUAUCAGAGAAAGUGUAGAGAAAAGCCUUAAGCGUCUUGGCACUGAUUAUAUUGAUUUGCUGCAAAUUCACUGGCCAGAUCGAUAUGUUCCAUUGUUUGGUGAGUUUUCCUAUGAUCCUUCAAAAUGGAGGUCAAGUGUGCCGUUUGUUGAGCAGUUGCAAGCUUUUCAAGAACUUAUCAAUGAAGGAAAGGUACGCUACAUAGGUGUUUCAAAUGAGACUUCAUAUGGAGUGAUGGAGUUUGUCCAUGCAGCUAAGGUUGGAGGCCUUCCAAAGAUUGUCAGUAUCCAAAACAGCUACAGCUUGCUUGUUAGAUCUCGUUUUGAAGUUGAUCUUGUGGAAGUUUGCCAUCCAAAGAAUUGCAAUAUUGGCUUACUAUCCUAUUCCCCACUUGGAGGUGGAUCACUCACAGGAAAAUAUAUAGAUAUAAAUUCUGAAGCUGCAAAAAGAGGAAGGCUGAACCUCUUCCCUGGCUACAUGGAAAGAUAUAACAAAUCGGUGGCACGGGAAGCUACUAUUAAGUAUCUUGAGUUGGCCAAGAAGCAUGGUCUAACUCCUGUUCAGCUUGCACUUGGAUUUACUAGAGAUCGUCCAUUCAUGACAAGUUCAAUUAUUGGUGCAACCUCUGUGGACCAGCUAAAAGAGGACAUUGACGCUUUUACGUCAACUGAGAGACCUUUACCAGCAGAAGUCAUGGCAGAUAUUGAAGCUGUUUUCAAGAGAUACAAAGAUCCUACCAUUUUUUAAUGAUUAUACCUUUCAAGUUUACCAUUGUGGCCAAAUUACUGCUAUUGAUUCACCCUGUUCCCCAUUCCUCUAUUUUUUUUUUGUCAUGAUUAAAAAUAGAGGAUGAAUAAAAUGCAUAUUGAAUUUUAAUAAAUACAUUAAAACUAGGAUUUACAGCAAUUGUAUGCAUUCCUUACGUCAAUUACAGAAAUGUUAUUAGGCCUUACAUUUUUGUUAAUCAAGUCUCUAGUACUAUUUAUUGGUA